AUGGCGCUUCUACCAUACUUAUUCGAUGACCUGCGUCCACGACGUCUUCGGGAUCAGUUGUUCGGUCUGGAUCUCAGUCCGGAGGACUUUUUAACUGAUAUUGUGGACCGGCCUGUACUCUCCGUGCGCAAGUACCUUCGUCCAUGGAGAAACUUAGCGGCGGUUGCCAGAGACGUCGGAUCUACCAUCAAGUCUGACAAGGAUAAAUUCCAGGUGAAUUUGGACGUUCAGCAUUUUGAUCCUGAGGAGAUUUCUGUCAAAACGUCAGACGGCUAUGUGGUGAUUGAAGGCAAGCAUGAAGAGAGAAAGGAUGAACACGGCUUCGUGUCCCGUCACUUCAAGCGCCGGUACGCGUUGCCAGAAGGUUGUAACCCUGAGACUGUGGAGUCCCGACUGUCUUCUGACGGGGUGCUGACAGUUGUAGCUCCCAAAGUAUCUGAGAAUAAGAACGAGAGAGCUAUUCCUAUCACCCAAACCGGACCGGUGAGGAGAAAGCAUCAUGAUGAGGAAGAACAGGAGGUCAAUGGAAACGCCGAGGAAGAAGCCAAUGCGAAAUCGCCUCAGAAAAAACGCAAGAAGUAG